UUAAUUUGUAAGAAGUUCAAGUUUUUUAAAUGACCAUUAAAUACAGGAUAAAGCAAAAUGUUGCGAGGAUAUGAAGGAAUGCGUUAUAUAUCCGAUAAUUUGAUUGUAGUUUUAGAUAUUGGAAGUGCCUACACAAAGUAUGGUUACGUCGGCGAGGCAGCACCUCGUGGUAUUAUUAGGACAGAAAUUAAAUGUCCUGAAAGUAAAGAAGUUAGACAAAUUUUCAGCUAUACAGAUAAGGAUGAUCUGUAUCAGCUACUUGUUGAAUUUCUACAUUACAUAUUUUUCAAGAGAGUUGUGAUAAGCCCAAAAGAUAUCAGAAUUGUUAUUGUUCAAUCUCCUUUAAUUCCCACAGUGUUUCGAAAUACCUUGGCAAAAGUUAUGUUCCAACAUUUUGAAGUGGGAUCUUUAAUGAUGCUCCCCACUCAUUUAAUGGCAAUUAGUGUGUUAGGAAAUGAAACUGCCCUGGUUUUAGAUGUAGGUUACAAAGAAGCUACUGUAAUUCCAGUAUUUGAAGGGGUACCAAUUUUAAAAGCUUGGCAAGCUCUACCACUUGCAGCACAGGUUGUUCAUAAAAAUAUUGCAAAAGCUAUGGAAGGCAUUUUACCUGAAAAAGAGCUAACUGAAAAGCUAAUUGAAGACAUAAAAGUUCAAACAUGUUUUGUAACAACAAUGGAGAGAUCUGCUAAAUUAGACACAAAUGAUCCACCAACUCCUCCACCAUUUGUAAAGUAUUACACUACAAUGUCAUUUGAAAUACCUGGCACUGUCAGAGAAAAGGCUUUUGAAACAUUAUGGGAAAGGGACCUUGAUAAUCUCAGUAUACCUACAAUGAUUUUAGAUGCCUUGAUGAAGUGUCCUAUAGAUACAAGAAAGCCCCUAGCUGAAAAUAUUUUACUGAUUGGUGGAACUGUAAUGGCUAAAGGAUUUGCGAGCAGAUUAAAGACUGAACUUUUACAUCUGGUUAACAGUAAUAUCUAUGCAGAAAAAUUAAAAAUGAGAGCAUUCAAAUUUCAUACUGCUCCAAGUAAACCUAAUUACACUGCAUGGUUGGGAGGUGCAAUUUUUGGAAUAGCAGAUUUGCCAUCAAGGUGUAUUUCUAAAGAACAGUAUCUUCAAUCUAACAGAGUGCCCGACUGGGUUAAUCUGAUAGAUAACAAAAAAGAAGAAAAUUCAAUGUAAC